AUGCUCAACAGCGUCGGGAGCCUCUCCGAGACCGAGAAGCAGACCCGACGCAAGCAGUGGCUGGCCGAGGAGACUGAGCGCAUCCGGCUUGUGCGCCAACGGCUCUCGGUCAAUGACUUUGAUGUUGUGUGCCAGCUCGGGCGGGGAGGCUUUGGCGUCGUCAAGCUUGUGCGAGAGAGGGCCACCAACGAGUUGUAUGCCAUGAAGAUCAUCAGCAAGGUCGAGGCCCUGAAGAACGGACACGAAUGCUAUAUCCGUGCCGAGCGCGACCUGCUCUCGAUGGUCGCAGACGGCUCCAAAUGGAUCGUCAAGCUUGUGUACUGCUUCCAGGACCACGACCACCUGUAUUUUGUGCUUGAGUUUAUGGAAGGCGGUGACUUGCUGUCGCUUCUGAUCAAGCUGGACGUGUUCGAGGAGGACUUUGCAAGAUUCUACGCCGCAGAGAUGGUGAUGGCGAUAUCCGAGGCGCAUUCGCUGGGGAUUGUACACAGAGACAUCAAGCCAGACAACUUUCUGCUGAAUCGCAGCGGACACAUGAAACUGGCCGACUUUGGCCUGGCCACGGACUUCCACUGGUCCCACAACAUGGACUACUAUGACACUCAGCGCGAGGUGACCAUCACCCAGGUGCUCAAGGCCGAAAGUGCCACCUCGGCAACAGCGCCGUCUCCCCGGAGCCCCGCCUCGCCGCCAGACUCGCCGACCGACGACGAGUCCUUCGACCUGCCGCCGCACGAAAAGAUGCUGCGGUGGCGUGACAAGAACCGAGCCAAGAUGGCCUACUCGAUGGUCGGCACCUUCAACUAUAUGGCCCCAGAGGUGAUUCUGCGGGAGGGGUACGACUCCAGGUCGGACUGGUGGUCGUUCGGGGUCAUUUUGUUCGAGAUGCUCUAUGGGUUUCCUCCCUUCUGCGCCAAGACCAGGAAGCAGACAAAGAACAAGAUCGUCAACUGGAAGAAGGCCCUUCGGUUUCCAGAGACCCCAACGGUCUCGCCCGAGGCCAGAGACCUCAUUGCCUCCCUCAUCUGCCACCAGGACGAGCGCCUUUCGGAGUCGCCGUCGCGAAAGCGCAACAAUCUCACGAUCCAGAGCCACCCGUGGUUCAAAAGGAUCGACUGGGCUGCUCUGGCAAUGAGCCAAGCACCGUACCGGCCAGACCUUGACGCAGAUCCCUCUGGAGAUGCAGCGCCUGAGGAAAAGCCGACGGCGCCAAAAGCCCAGGAGACGCAGCCGGACGGCAGCAGCAGCAACAAUCCCGAGUGGAUGGCCCUGCUGGAGGCACGAAAGAACAUUGCCUUUGCCGGCUUCACAUACCGUGGGCAGAAACGACGGGAUCAAAAGCAGUAGUUCUACUCGCAAUAUUCACCGACGGCCAAGGACCUACUCUGCCUGGGGACUAUGGAUGCAGCCCUCGCUCCAUGGCACUGCCGACACAAGGACAGAGGAACAACGACGUGUAGAAGCGUACCCAAAACAAGACGAUGCAUUACAUGGUUAUAGAAUCGAGAACACUGAUAGGUCAAACACA